AUGUUGUGGAUACGUGGCCACCGGAGAGGCGGGUUUUUCGAUGCAGUAUUUCCACGCACGGACCCUGCAGGGAAAGAGCACACGAUAACGAUGCCUCUUGUGUCUCUACCAGCCCGAAUCAGUAUUGAUUUUAGCGCUCCACAGCGUGGAGUAACUCACCUUCUUUCUCUCUUUCCGUUAUCAGUUCAAUCUUUCCUUUCUCUUAGAUCGACUUCCCCUCUCCACCCACUUCGAUCUCAUCCGACCUGUCCUAACCCUCAACGGAACACAUCCACUACCACCGUACACGCUUCCCGGUCAAAUUCCGAUUCCCUACGCGUACCCGUAUUCUUGCGGAUGUUACACGGUUACGGAGCUUCAAGCUUCAAGCUUCAUGUUGUGCUGUCUAUGUUCGUAGAGCAACAAUUCAAUUCGAUGUAUACGUGGAUAGUGUGUGCAGUCGACAAUGGGCAGAGAGUGUGUGUCUGGGAUACCGAGGCGGAGGAGGAGGAGAGAUCUACAUGGAGGUAUGAUCCAAUUUCGUAUUCCCCGCUUGGUGGAAUUGUGGUUUUUUUCGUCCGGUCACUCUCGUCGUUGUGUGUAUUUUCUAUGUGCGGCAAGUGUUGA